AUGAGCCUAACCUCGCGAGUCUUCGGCCUGUUCUCGACAACAGCGACCUCGGACUCGACCACGCACGAAUCGCCUGUUUCAACAUGGACACAACAUCCUGUUCCGGCAAGCGGGAUCCAUGAGAUCGGCCAUGCCCAGUAUGCCGCUCGAGUGAUGGAGGAGGAGGAGCCCCGUCCACCAUAUCUACAUGCGAUGCUCGCUGGUGGAACCGGAGGAACAUGCGGUGACAUGCUGAUGCACUCGCUCGACACCGUCAAGACCCGACAACAAGCCGAUCCCCACUUCCCGCCCAAGUACACUUCAAUGACCUCGUCAUAUUCAACAAUUUAUCGACAGGAAGGACUGUUUCGUGGCCUGUACGGUGGGGCUUUGCCGGCCUUUCUCGGCUCAUUUCCAGGGACGGUGAUUUUCUUUGGGAUGUAUGAAUUUACCAAGCGGUUGAUGCUGGAUGGAGGCAUUAACCCCAACUUGGCAUACCUGUCUGGUGGUUUCUUCGCAGACCUGGCUGCAUCGGUCGUCUACGUUCCGUCCGAAGUGUUGAAGACUCGGCUGCAGCUACAGGGACGGCACAACAACCCGUUCUUCCAUUCGGGAUACAAUUACCGCGGCACCCGCGAUGCGAUCCGCACGAUCGUCCGCCAGGAAGGUUUCUCGGCUCUCUUCCACGGCUACAAGGCAACCAUCUUCCGUGACCUGCCAUUUUCGGCGCUGCAGUUCGCUUUCUACGAGCAGGAGCAGGCUCUGGCCAAGCAAUGGGUCGGCUCUCGGGAUAUCGGGCUGGGUCUGGAGAUCCUAACUGCCGCCACUGCUGGUGGUAUGGCCGGAGUGAUGACCUGUCCGAUGGAUGUCGUCAAAACGCGAAUCCAGACCCAACGGAACCCUCCGGAGAACCCUGGGCCGUCGGGUGCGAAACACGCCAACGAUCAUGUACCCAAAGAAAGCCCUAGGCCGCAUGCGCCGGCGUCAUCGCAUUCGCACACUCCUCGGGGAUCCUCAAGACCCAUUUCCACGUCAGGACCAUCCACAUCGGUUCUGCCCCCAGGAACACCGCGACUGGACACAUCAUCCUUUUUCACAGGGCUGAAGAUGAUCUACCGUGCCGAGGGGGUUGCAGGGUGGUUCCGCGGCGUGGGCCCACGCGGUGUGUGGACCAGUAUCCAGAGUGGAACGAUGCUGGUCCUGUACCAGUACCUACUCAAACAACUCGAGAUCUACCACGGUUCGGAGGAGCCUUUGUGA